CUUUUUACACAUUGUUUUCUUUGUGAUCUUUUAUUGAUAUAAUAUGGACUGCGCCAGAACAUACAUAUAUAUACUACUCAUAUAUCUUCAGAACCAGCUUCAAGAACUAAAGUCUCAAAUACUUCAACAUCUUACUCCAGCUCCACCUGAAGUUACUGCAGCUGUGAAUAAAUUAUCAUUUGCACAGGCAACCUACCUGUUGUCAGUAUAUUAUUUAGAAACUAUGCGAAUACAAAACUCAAAUGAUCCAAGCCUACAGCCAAUUUUUGAUUACUUAUCAGAUUAUGCUAUUCAGAAAGAUAAAACAGGAUUAUGGCAUUGUGUUUCUAGCGUUGGGGAUAAAGUAUUUUCAUUAUUUUUAAAUGCGAUGUCUACACAAGCAAAGGAUGAGACUAGAGAAAAAAAAUUGGAGUACCAUGCUCAAUUAUUAUUGGUUAAUUUUAAUCAUGUACAUAAAUUGAUUCAAUGUGUGGCAGACAAAUGGCUUUCUGGACUUGUUAGCAAGUUCCCACAUUUAUUAUGGACCAACGUGUACUUGGACUAUGUGUGA